UCGGUGUCAUCAUGUCAUGUAUUGAGUUCGCAUAAAUAUUUUGUUCGGCAAGUACGCUCGUAUCUUCAGUAAAACCGUGAUAUUUAUUUACUGAUCAUUUUUAAUAGCGACUUUGUUGUGUUCGUUGACUCAUGAUGUAAAUAUAACUAAAGCAAUGUUACUAUUUAAAAUAUGGUUCAAUCAUAAUAUAUGUUGAAUCGUGAGAAAAUAAUCGCUUCAUCAAUUUAUUAUUGACGAUACAAAGAACACAAAAUGCCGUCAGCCGAGAAGAAGAGCGCUAUCUUGAUGACCUGCGGGUCAUUUCUAGUUGUUGGUGGAGCCGUCAUGGUUGUCUUCUGGCCGACAAUAUUCUUUGCACAGUUAAAGAGUAUGAUGACGUUGUCACCGACCUCGACAUCGUUCGAGAUAUGGCGGGAUGUGCCGAUACCAAUGUACCUGGAAUGUUUUAUGUUCAACAUCACCAAUGUCGAUGAAAUAUUGGCUGGAAAAAACGUCUCAUUGGAAGUUGAAGAGUUAGGGCCAUACGUGUAUAAAGAGUCUCAUACAAAGAAAAACAUAACCUGGAACGCCAAUGGAACGGUUACGUUCUACAACGAGCGUUUCUGGCACUACGUCCCGGAAAUGUCGAAUGGGAGCCUCUCUGAUAUCAUCGUCAGCAUAAAUCCCAUCGUCGCGACGGUUGCAUACGUGAUGCGGCACCAGCCAACUAUCCUCAGAGUGCCAGUGGACGUGUUCAUGAGGAUGUACCACGAGAAUAUGUUCAUUAGCGCGAAAGUAUCCGAUUGGCUGUUCGAUGGUAUCGAUGAUCCGAUAUUGGACAUCGCGCAGCGCUUCCCGGAUCUGCCAAUCACGAUACCGUAUGACAAGUUCGGAUGGUUUUAUACGCGUAACGGUUCUCUAGAGUACGAUGGUAUUUUCUUAAUGAACACGGGCGAGAAUGACUUCUCGCAGCUCGGUAAUUUGGAGAAGUGGAAGUAUUCCAACAGAACAGAGUUUCGGGAUCAGUGCGGGGAGGUGAAGGGGUCGACCGGGGAGCUGUGGGCGCCUGAGCUUGGACAACCCGAGAUUACAAUCUUCGCUCCGGAUAUUUGCACUUACAUGAAUCUCGCUAAAGUCGGCCCGACUAGGAUACAAGGCAUCGACGGAAUGCUGUACGCGGCCAAUGAAUCUCUCUUUGAUAAUGGAUACAGGUAUCCCAAUAAGGCGUGCUACUGUGAUGAAGUGAGAGAUGAAAACUGCAUGCCGGCCGGAGCCCUGAACGUGUCGUCGUGUCGGUUCGGAGCGCCGGCAUUCGUGUCGCAACCGCACUUCCUGAACUCUGACCCAUACUACCCCAAAAAGAUUAAGGGUCUUAGUCCUAAUGAGGACAUGAACUUUGAACUGGCGCUGGAAAUGUACACCGGCAUGCCCCUGCGGGUCGCGGCGCAGCUUCAAAUCAACCUCCUAGUCAGACAUAUCCGGGGUUUCAGCCUCAACAACCAGCUGCCGGACGGCGACACGCUGGUGCCCAUGUUCUGGUUCCGCCAGGAGGUGCGCGUGACGGACGAGUACGCGCGCCUGGCGCGGUUCGCGCUCAACCUGCGCAGCGGCCUGCCCUACGGGUUCUACGCCCUCACGGUAAUCGGGGUAUUCCUGCUUGUAGGUGGUAUAUUUAUAUUAAUGAGAAAAUUGUUAAAGUCAACUGAUACCUCGCCGAUUCUAGAGUCACCACAUGAAGAAAUACAGUGAUCGAGGCGGUAGAUGUGGAUGAAUUUAUGUCAAUUGUUACCAUAAAUAGUGAUAAGUAAUAUAGUAUCAAAUACUGACCAUAGACCAUGAAGUUUUCUAACUUUGAGGUUUAAUUUGAUUGACAUGAUAUUAUUUUUCUUUAUAAUCAAUCAAAAAUGUUUUUGUUACUUAAUUUUAAACUUUACUGUUAAUAUUUUUAUAUGUAAAAAUAAAGAUUAUAUAAAAAUAUUGAUACUAUAAUGGUGCUAUAUACUAGCAUAAGAAUAACAAUAAUAAUCUUCUUUUUUAUAUGAUUGCUAGAUUAAAUUUACUCUUUUUAAUUAUAAAAUGACGACUUAUUGUUAUGGGCAUAGAUACUGUUAUUAAUAAUGUUAAAAACAUUUUCAGCUUUAGUAAAAUCAUAAAAAAAAUAUUAUAAUGAUUGAUGGUGCCUUACAAAUAACGACACUAGUGUAUUAAAUGUUUUUAUCUCUUGUUGAAAGUUGUCUUACCUGAUUCAAUUUUUUUUUUCUAUAUUAUAGCAUUUGGUACUGCGGUUUUAGCCGACGAUGGGUCCGUCAAAUUUUAUUUUAAAAACGUAUCUAAUUUGACAGCUGUCAACGCUCGAUGUUUCCCGCCACUGUGGUAACUAACGCCUUGCAGUAAUAAAAUACUCUAGUCCUGUAUUAUCAUUGCACCAAAUAAUCAAAACUUUUUGCGGGAAAAAUUCUUAUAUAAAUAAUAAAAUUUUAUUUGAACUUCUGUACUAAGUAAAUUUUAAGGUAAAAAAAAUCAUAUGAAUUUCAUUAAGCACUCUCAAACUUCGUGUUUAGUGAAUAUGGAGAAGUCAUAGUUGAUGCCUAUCUUAGCCUGGCAACAAUUGAUCACAGCUGUCAUAAACUUUUAUCGAUACGAUGCGGCUAAUCCGGUAAUUAAUUGCAUACAAUGUGAUAGUAAUAAGUGGAAAAUAUUUAAUGACGUAAAGACUGUGACUAUGAUGUAAUAUAUUUAAUAUUGUUACAAAUUUUCAAGAAUUUCAGCACAUUGUGCUAAUGAGAUAGUUUAGAUAUGGACUUAUAUCCACUGGGAAAUAAUAUAUAUAUAUAAAUUUUCACAUAGUAAGAUUGGCUAGAUUUCCAGGCAACACUGGGGAUGACAUUAAUGUUAGCAGGCAAUGACUUAAAAUGGACAGUUUAAAAAAGAAUUGACAAUACCUUCCACUUUUUUAUUGCAUUUCAUUACUUUAAAUACUUCCAAAACAUAAUUUAUAAUUAAAUAUAUCUAAUGUAUGAUCAAAUAAGGUUUCACUUACAUCUAAGACAUGUAUGUACAUAUAUUUUUUUUUUUUAUAAAUCAUCAUCUUUAUCUCUGCCAUUCCUAUUUUAAGACAUAUUGUAAAUAAAUAAACGAAUUAAAGUAUUUUAUAUUGUCUGUUAUAUUGAUUUCGAUGCAUAAUAUUUGAAUAUUGUAAAUAAAUUUAUUUUAUAUUGGUUACAUUAAAUUUUAUGAGUGGGUGACAAAAAGCAUGAUCAUUAUCAAGGAAGUAGGGGUAAUUUACCUAAAAUGAGGGGAACGAAUUUACAUAGAGUUGUUACAACAAGUUUUUGUCAAAUAUAUGAAUAUAUUAAUGUAAUAUCUGCACUCUUCUUCUGUUAGUCAAAUCUCACAAUGUCCGAGCUUCUCUGUAAUAGACCGUAUUGGAGAUAAUGCCAUUGCGUGCAAUCAUAUUUGUAAACUGGUAAUUCAUUUUUAUUAUUGAACAUAAUAGCGUUUUAUGUAUCUAUUUUGUAAGAGAUGCUAAAAAUUUAAACACUGUUACUACUUUCAGGUGCAUUAUGUAAUAUUUAUAUCUUGUAUGACCUGUAUAAACAAAUAAAAAAAUAAUAUAUAUAUAACAAUGAUACCGGUGUGUAAUAAAAUUGAAUAAGAAUUCCUUGUGAUGUCUCGUCACAAAACUUUAGGUAAAUUAUCUGUAACUAGCGUUUUGGAUGGUGAUGCAGCUUAUAAUUAAGUUAAUAGUUAUUUUUAUGUUUAUUAAUUGUUAAUGUAAUACUUCAUUCCUCAGAUUGUUAUCAUGUGUGGAUAUUUUUACUGAUGUUUCGACUGUUUGUAUGAUUUUAAUAAAAUUUUACAUUACGAA